UUCCCAGUUAUCUUUUACAAUUUUCGCCAUUUUUGUAGUGCAUCGUGGAAAUUUUUAUUUUACAUAAAUUUCUCGGUAUAUCAACGAUAUAUUCAUUACCCUGGCGAAAAAACUAAAAUAUCUACUACAACAUGUCUAUGUCAAAGACGACCAACACCUAUAAUAGGCAGAAUUGGGAAGACGCCGAGUUUCCGAUAUUAUGUCAAACCUGUCUCGGCGAUAAUCCGUACGUGCGUAUGAUCAAGGAAAGAUUUGGUAAGGAAUGUAAAAUUUGCACACGCCCUUUCACUAUAUUCCGAUGGUGUCCCGGAGCUAGAAUGCGAUUCAAGAAAACUGAAAUUUGUCAGACUUGUGCUCGUCUGAAAAAUGUGUGCCAGACAUGUUUACUAGACUUGGAAUAUGGUUUGCCUAUUCAGGUGCGCGACGCAGCACUUAAAGUGGCCGACACCAUACCGCAAAGUGAUGUAAAUAAGGAGUACUAUAUUCAGAACAUAGACCGGGAAUUGAGAGAUGGCGAUGGCACUGAAGCAGCGGGCACAGUUGGACGCUCACUAGCCGCAAAUGAGAUGCUAGCAAAAUUAGCACGAACUGCGCCAUAUUAUAAACGUAAUAGACCACACAUAUGCUCGUUUUGGGUGAAGGGCGAAUGCAAACGAGGGGAAGAGUGUCCAUAUCGUCAUGACAAACCCAACGAACCAGAUGAUCCACUAUGUGAGCAGAAUAUAAAAGAUCGAUAUUAUGGACGUAACGAUCCCGUUGCCGAAAAAAUUAUGAAACGCGCAGCUACUUUACCCACACUGGAACCACCGGAAGAUCGCAAUAUUACAACAUUAUACGUGGGUAAUUUACCCGAAGAAAUAACAGAACCAGAGCUGCGCGACCAUUUUUAUCAAUACGGCGAAAUCAGAUCUAUUGCGUUGGUGCCUAGACAACAGUGUGCAUUCGUGCAAUACACAAAACGCGGAGCAGCAGAGUUGGCAGCCGAACGUACUUUCAACAAAUUAGUGUUACAUGGCCGCAAGGCAACAAUAAAGUGGGCUCAUUCACAAGCCAAACAAAGUGGGGUGGCAAAGACAGAUAGACGUUUUGAUGUUCCCGCAGUGCCGCCUACGCCUGUUGCCAAUCCAAAUGACUUUUUCAAUCUUCAACAAGAACAAGUUACUGUACUACCUCCUGGUAUGAAACUUCAUCAAAUACCGCCCAGCCUCAUACCUGCGUCAUCGUACCAAAUGUACUCGCAAGCCUAUGCAGCACCAUACGCUAAUAUUCCAAUGCCUUCUACCUCUGCGGCAGUUUUGGACGCCAUUCCACCUCCACCGAGCGGUGGUGCACCUGGCCAAGUCCACUAUCCUAGUCAGGAUCCAAGCAGAUUGGGUGCAGUGAAGAAGUGACAGCCAAUGCAUUAACCCGAUUUCUGAUGUAUACAGUUUCGUUUCAAAAUAAAUUCCGAAUAAACAUUAUAACAAAUAAUUUAAUUAUG